AUGGAUAAAAUCCAACCAUUUGUCAAAGAUUAUCUAUUAAGCAGCUCUGGUAAGGAUCCAUCUGUUAUUGAACAAAGAUUAUAUGAAAAUUUGAAGUUAUUACCAACAAAGAAGGAAAAAAAAUCUAAAACAAAUAGAAAAAAUAUAAGAAAAAAAACUGGAAAUAAACUUUUAGGUUUAGGCUCAAAAAAAAUUAAAAAAUCCUUAUUGAAACAAGAAAAUUACAAGAAAUUAAACCAUGACUCUAGAAAGAGGUUACGUCAGUAUAUUAUUGAAUGCAAACGGACAGCUAGAAUUGCACAUGGUUUAAUUAACAAGGAAAUCAAAAGAGGGAAUUUGACAGAUAAUGAUAAGGGAGAAUGCCAUAAAUACCUUAAAGAAGCUUUUAGUGAAAACUAUAUUCGCUUGUUUCCAAAAUUUUGUGCACUUAAAAAAGGAUUGUAUGAAAAUCUUUGGUUACCAUAUAUAAAAGAAUUAUUGAGAAUUACUGAUAAACGGUCGUUAGAGAAGCUAAAUGUAAAUGUUUGUUUGCAAAAACUAUCCAUAGCUGAUUAUAAUGGAUCAUAUUUAAAAGUUAUUAAAACAAAGAACAGAAGUGUUUCUGGAAUCGGUGGGAUUGUUCUUUGGGAAGCACAGAAAUCUUUUAUUAUGUUGUGUGAGGGCAAACUAAUUGAUGAAAUAAAAAUUAUUCCCAAAGAUGGUACUGUAUUUGAAAUAUGUUUGCCAUUAGAUAAAACUCCAAGUAAUAAACAUACAGAGCAGGAAAGGAAUGAAGAAGAUGUGGAUGAUAAUUCAUCGGUAGUUUUUAGUAUUAUUGGAGAUAGAUUCAAAUAUAGAAGCAGUGAUAGAAGCGGGCGUAAAUUUAAAUCUAAAAGAUGUGAUGAUCUUUUCUAUUAUUUACUAGGAUCCGAAAACUCUACAAGCUCUUGA